AUGCAAAGAGGAACUGCAGCUAUAAUUCGGUCAUUCGUAUCUGAUAUAAGACAACAAUUGUAUGCACUUAAAAAUUUAAAUAUGCCCACCGAUAGUUGGGAUAUGUUGUUAAUAUCAAUAUUAAGUCGCAAAUUAGAUUCAUACACCAAUAGGGCUUAUCAUCUGGAUAAGGUGGACUUUGAUCAAAUGCCUACUAUUGAUGGAUUUCUGACUUUUUUGGAAAAGCGUGCUAUGGCGCUUGAGGAUAGCCCCACAUUAAAGGGUGCACCUUGCUAUGAAGGUCCUCGUUUUAAACAGAGUCCUAAGGUAAAGAUAUUUGAUAAGUAUGGACAAGAAUUUUAUGUAAAGGCCCUACUAGAUAGUGGCAGUCAAGCUUCAAUUAUAAAAAGGUCUCUUGUUGAACAGUUAUACUUAAGUCCUAUUUCUCAAACAUGUAAUAUCAUAGGUGUAGGCAACAAUAAUAAUCAGGUAAAAUGUCAUGUAGUGGAUUCCAUAACCACAAAAUUGCCUCAAAAUUAUUUUGAUUUAAGUAGCUUGGAAAUACCCAAGAGUGUUACGUUAGCUGAUGUCAAUUUUAAUGUCCCUUCUGAAAUUUCUUUAUUACUCGGCGCAGAUUUGUACUUUAAGACCUUAUUACAUGGUCACAUUUAUUUAAAUAAUGGAUUGGUGUUACAGAAUACUCUAUUCGGGUACAUAGUGGGUGGCUCAAUGCCAUGUAAUAAUAUAAAAAAUGAUACUACUUUAGUUAUUAACCAUGCGGUAGAAAAUGAAGAUAAGUUGAGUGACAUAAUGGAAAAGUUUUGGUUGUCUGAAAAAGUUCCUGAGGUGACUAAUAAAGUAAAUUGUGAAUUUCAGAAAGCUGAACGUAUCUUCAAAGAUACUAUGAGUUUAAAAAAUUGCAGAUUUUAUGUAGAUUUACCGCUAAAGACUUCGUUAAAUAUGUUGCAUAUUGGAGAUACAUUUACAGCUGCACUUCAGAGAUUUUAUUCAUUAGAAAAGAUGUUUCAAGCUCAUCCUAGAUAUUUUAACCAAUAUAAAUGUUUUAUUGACGAGUACAUAUCUUUGGGACAUGCUAAAAUAGUAGAUAUAAAUGAUUAUGAUGUUUAUAGUGACCCUGUUUAUUUUCUGGCUCAUCAUGCAGUGCACAAUGAGCAUAGCAAGACAACCAAAUUGCGGGUUGUGUUCAAUGGGAGUCUGAAAUCACAAUGUAAAAUAUCACUUAAUAAUGUCAUGUUAAAUGGACCAAUAGUUCAAAGUGAGUUAUUUGAUAUACUAGUAUUAUUUAGAACUUAUCGCUAUACAUUGAUGUGUGAUAUUGAAAAAAUGUUUAGGCAAAUUUUCAUUAAUUCUAUUCACACGCCUCUGCAAAAUAUUUUGUGGCGAGAUAAUCCACAGAAACCUAUAAUUUGUUUACAGUUGCAAACAGUUACCUAUGGUUUGAAAUCAUCUACAUACUUAGCUACAAGGUGUUUGUUGGAGCUUGCUUAUAUCUAUAAAGACAGGUUUCCACUAGCUGCAGAUGCUAUAAUUAGAAAUACUUAUGUAGAUGAUAUAAUAUGUGGCGCUGACAACAUAGAUCAGCUUCGGAAUCUGAAACAAGAGCUUAUACAAUUAUUAAGCCUUGGCAGUUUUACACUACAUAAAUGGUGUUCAAAUAAUACACAAAUUUUAGAAGAUAUACCAUCAAAUAGGAGGUAUUUUGAGCAUAUUAAUAUUAAUAAAGACAACAUGAUUAAAACUUUAGGAUUAAAAUAUAAUAUACUUACCGAUUCCUUCGUAUUUUCAUGUCCAGCGCAAGAUUUAAAGUUACUUAAAACUAAAAGGGAAAUUUUAAGUUUUAUAGGUAAAAUAUAUGAUCCUUUGGGACUUAUUGGCCCUAUAAUAGUUACAGCUAAAUUGUUUAUGCAAAGUUUAUGGAGUUUAAAAAUAAAUUGGGAUGAGGCUAUACCCUCAAGCCUGCUAGAUAAGUGGUAUAAAUUUGGUGAAAGUUUAGAGAAGAUGAAUCCCAUCAAUACUCAGCUGAAGUAA